AGACGAAGCUCGCAGUCGAAGGGAAACCGUUGAAACCGAAAGCAACCAACAUAAUAUCAUCAUAAUACGGCCCAAGUUUUUAUCCGAGUGUUACUGUGAAUAUACCUAUACGCACACACAUAUAUAUAUUAUAAUAUAUAAUAUAAUUAAUUUCUCCUUUGAAAAUUUAUAUUAAUAAACUGUCAUAAUGAUGAUGUCUCACAUUGAUCCGGAACAAAACGCUUACGAGCCCGAAAACGCCCUGCUGUGGCCGUACAGAACGAACCCGUUGGUGUUGCCUGGAGCCAAGGUCAAGAGGGAUCCGCCCAAGACCGUGUCGUACUUACGCCACCACCCAAAUCCGAUGAUGAGAGCGCAUCCGUCACACCACGAUCAACCCAUGGACACGCUGAUGAAACAAAAGGUCACGGACACGGUGUUGCAACGGAUAAGCAGCGAGGAGGCUAAGUCAAGACCCGGUAGACAGGUGGUACACAAACAGUUCAACUCGCCAAUCGGCCUUUACUCCGAGGAAAACAUCGCUAAUUCAAUCAAAUCGCAAACAGGAUAUACUCCGGAAGAGGAAGAAGAGAAGUACGGUCGUUUGAGGCACAAGAAGACUGUGCAGUACGAUCCAGCUAAAUCUGAAACCUACAAGGCGAUUCAAGAAUCAGAACACGGAGACUUCCACGCUCAAGAGAUAUCGAAGCCAGUGCAACCAAAAGUAUUCACGCCUGUCCAAGGAACGGUAAAAAAAGCUCCGAUUAGCAACGGCCAUGGACAUCAAAAUCAUAAUAAGUUGUCAGCUCCCUAUCAUCCAAAUCCAGGACGUGUAUCUCCACAACCUCAUCCAACUGCGCCACAUCCAAAUGCCAAUUACGUUUCCACUGAUGAAAUCCAUCAAAGUGGCAGUUUCAAGCGCUUGAUGCACAUGGUUAUGACCGAAAACUAAAUUUGAAACCAAAAUAAAUAAAUAAAUAAACUAUUCAAAUAUUGUAUUUAAAUUUUAAAAGUACCUAAGACAGAAAUGUUAGAAAGGAGAUGUGUAUUAUUUAAAUCAUUUAACAUUUUUAUACUUUCAUCUGUAUAUAUUUAUAUAAAUUGUUAUCGACAAUAUUAAUUUAUUAUUGCGCACCUACUGUGACUAAUAUAUAAUAGUUUAAUGUACCUACGUAAUAACAAACGUAAUUUAUUAUUAUUAUUAUUUUUAUUAUUAUUAUUGUUAUUGUUAUUAUUAUACGCAAUUUAUUUGAAAAAUUGUUGAGUGUAGAAUCUAGUCACACUUAUAAAAAAAAUUAGACUAACAAUCUGAAUAAUUAUAAAUUUAUGUUAUUUUCAGAUAUUAUAUAAUCUGUAAUGUUUAAAAAAUUAAAUAGAUUAAUUAUUUUAUUUAUCAUAUCAUAAUAA